CCUGCGGCGCAAACCAUUGGACACUUACUGUAUUUCAUUUGGGGAACAGCAACAAGAGAGAGAGAGAGCCUCCGGAGAAGCUUUCCAGGGAAUGCUGAGGAAUAUCUGACUGCACAGAAAAAAGAAAAGAAAAAAACGCACUUUUGUUCCUCCUUUUAGAAAAUAAAAAAUUAAAAUAAUUAAAUUAUCAUUCAUGUCGCCAAAGUAGUGUUUUUGGGAAGCUCCGGUCAGUAGGGACAGCCGGUUGCACGCGGACGGGGUUGGGUGCCUUUUUUUUUGUUUUUGUUUUUGUUUUGUUUAUUUCUUUCUUUUUAAUUUUUUGAAAAAACAAAUCCAAUUUAGUCCUGGAGGAGAGGAGCGGAGCGAAACAGAAACGAAAGACGACCAAAGAAGACGAGGGAGAAGAAGACAGUCCGAGUGAACGCGACAAAAGAGUGCGGCUCAGAAUGAAUAACAACAAAACCGAGAAAGACAACGAGCAGAGUGAAUUCACCAACCACGAAGAGGAGGUCCGAACGCUAUUUGUCAGUGGGCUUCCACUGGAUAUCAAGCCACGGGAGCUCUAUCUCCUGUUCAGACCAUUUAAGGGCUAUGAAGGGUCCUUGAUAAAACUCACCUCCAAACAGCCAGUGGGGUUUGUCAGCUUUGACAGUCGAUCAGAGGCGGAGGCUGCUAAGAAUGCCUUGAACGGGGUCCGGUUUGAUCCAGAAAUCCCCCAGACCCUGCGGCUGGAGUUCGCCAAGGCCAACACCAAGAUGGCCAAGAACAAGCUGGUUGGCACCCCCAACCCCCCUCCAUCCCAGCAGAGCCCCGGGCCACAGUUCAUUGGCAGAGACCCAUAUGAGCUCACAGUGCCUGCUCUAUAUCCAAGCAGCCCAGACGUGUGGGCGUCAUACCCGCUGUACCCGGCGGAGCUGUCGCCGGCCCUCCCACCCGCUUUCACCUACCCCUCCUCGCUCCACGCUCAGAUUCGCUGGCUCCCACCUGCAGAUGGAACUCCUCAGGGAUGGAAGUCCAGACAGUUCUGCUGAAGUAUGUGUUCCUGAUGUGUGAUGGUGGCCGUGGCCGGCUGUGACGGGCGUUGCUGAUUGCCUCUAGUGUCCAAUUAGAAACCAGGAGGACUGACCCCGGCUCCAGCACUCGGAGCAGCGUUACCGUCGGCAGCAGCAGCCUCAUGGGCCUCAGGACAUACUAGACCCCAGCCUCCAUCACACAUCGAGCACCCUCACCCUCCCCAAAGUCCCUCCAACUCUUCUUUUUUUAUACUGUUACACACUCGAGAUUUACCGGCAGCGCUUUGGCUACACCCUCCUUCCGACACCUCCAUGAAAGGUACCCGGGCGUGCACGACAAAGACGCAUACACGCGCACCCUUUGUUUACCAGUUGACUGCAUCGCCCCGUCGAACGUUAGCCAGUCUCUUGCUGUGCAUUCUGUAUAUGCAAGUGUAAAGACAGCCCGCCAGAAAGGAGCGCAAACACAAUUUUAUGCAGGAUCUUUGCAAGGCCAAGACGUAUGGAAGCGUGGCUAAAGCGCUGCCGGGUAUUGUUAUUAUAUGACUAUAAUUAUUACUAUUCUGUAUAUCAUUCAUAUUAAUGUUAUUAUGAUUAUUAAAUACAUGUUGAAGCAUGACUUUGCAAAAAAGAAAAGGAAAAAAAAAACAAUGCUGUACAUUUUUAGAUAUUUUAAAGAAAUACAAAAAAGUAUUUUUGUAAUCAAGACAAUGUUUGAAAUGGUUCUCUUUGAUUGGUUCAUGUUGUGCUAAAGUGUGUGAGGAACUUUCAUACAUUUUAUUUUUUCUCUAUUUUUUGCCCUUUCUGUUUUGUGCCAUUGUCAAAUGGCGAAGUCGUCCUGCUAUACCAAAGCAGUCCUCGUCGGUUUGCUCUUGUCUUUUCUACAUGCUGUGUGGAUUUAGGUUUGCUCAUGUGCGUCUUUUGUGUGGCGUCUUCACCCGACGAAGCUGAGAUCACAUUAGUCCUUUGUCUGAUGCGCUUCAGCUUCAACUAAGCAAGUGAGUGUGAACGAGACAAAAACACACUUGAAUCCAGCUCAUAAUUUUGCAGUUUGAGGUACUUCAAUGAGAGGCAUUGACAGGAAAAAGCCAUCACCGGUUGAAGGUAAAGUGACCCGGGAGACUGCAAAACAUGGCAAACUGAGACCAGCUAUAAUAAGGAAUUCACUCCGUUGUGUAGCAGGACAGCAGCACAGUAUAGAGAAACAAAAGACCAAAGGCAUUUUUUUUUACACUGGAGAGCUAUCUAGGCUAGUGGAAUUAUUCCAUUUUUGACUGCUUUGUAGUCCUCAAUCUGAUUUCUUAUGAAGUAUGACAUUAUUUUUGCUGCAUGUCUCUUUUGGUGUCAGUCCAAAGAGCCUCAGCAUCUGAAAGGACAUUCAGCGAUUUGUCUCUUUUUGUCUAUUUUUAGGGAGCCAACGUGAUUCAACCUGCUUUUGUAAAUUUUGAAUUUACAUAUUAUUAAUCAUUGGAGUGUAAAAGAAAAGAAAAAAAGAGAGAAAAAAAACAACAACAAUCUUUUGUAAUCUUGUGUAUUCUGGGCCUGCAAUAACGCCUUCUCGCUGUUUGACAUAUCAUCGAGUGAUCAUGUUUUCUGUGACAUUUUGACGCCCAAAAUUCUCAUUCAUGUCGCGUUCUUACAAAAAAAACAAACCGUGAUUCUUGUCCUUUUCUGAUGAGGCUAAGUCACAUUUGACAGUGAUGUGACAAUCGAAAAAACACAAAAAACCUAAAAUGCUGUUAAGAAAAACAAAUCUCUGUCAUGUUUAGCCCAGGUGUGUACAAUCAUAUUGGAGUGGUUGAAUCAUAUAGUCAGUGUUUGUAAUGAGUAAUAAUAAUAAUAUGCACAUAAUAUCAACUGAUUUUCUGAAGCAGUUUUUGCUUUUACAGACAUUUUUUUAAGCCAAGUGUGGCACCAAAUUUAUUAGAACAAGUAUUUAUAAGGUGUGUGUGUGUGCGUGCGUGUGUGUUUUAUGGGUAUUAUGUUUUUAAAGUUAGAAGAUGCCCGUCAUAUAAUUCAUUGUAAGUAUUAUUGUAAGUUUAAUUGUAUAUUCAUUUGGUAAUUUUCUAGAGCUUCUUUUUGUGUUUGUAUCUGAUAUAUGAAUACUGUUUUACCUACAUAAUUCACUGUGAAAUUCAGAGAAAAAAAAAAAAACGCUCUUUGAAUGAAUGAAUCUUUUUUGUGUGUUUUUUUUUUUUUUUGACAGCAGUACGGUACAGAAGUUUCCUGGAAAUGAAUAUGAUGAUCCCUCCUUUUGUCAAUGAGAAAACGAUUCCUAUCUCGUUUCAGUAUACCAUGUGCGUACUUGUGUGUUCUGUGCAUGUUCAUGGCAUGUGUGUGUGUGUGUGUGUGUGUGUGUGUGUGUUCUUUUUUUCCCCUUCCUUUUUCCUAAUGCAUACAGUACUGUUGAUAUUUAUGUACUUUAUGUAUGUAGCCGCUGUAAGGAGAAACUGUAUUUCAGUGAAUUGCAGAGGUUUGUUAAAUGAAGACAUUUCGGGCCAUCUGCCAUUAAAGAUUGACAUCAUCCCUGC